AUGUUCGUAUGGGUGGAGGAGCAUCCCAAUGAUAAGGAGGGUGGGCAGAGGAAAGCGCGUAGUCGGGGCCGGGGCAAGGGACGCGGACGACCUCAAUACCAUCACCAGCACCGUGGCAGUCAUGCAGGAACUCCCCCGUCCAAUAAUUUUGUUAAUGCUGAGCCGCCAGUCAUGGCCAGGCAACCUCCUGGGCCACGCAUGCCAGAUGGAACUAGAGGAUUUUCCAUGGGUCGGGGCAAACCAGUUGCUGUUAACAUUGGUUAA